AUGUCCUUGACCAGCAGGGAACUCAACUAUUUGGUGUGGCGCUACCUCCAGGAAGCGGGAUUCGAACUAGCGGCGUUCGCUCUCGAGAAAAUUGCUUCCUGCCUGCAUUAUGAAUCAGAAACGUCGUCUGCCAUAAUUUCCAAGAUUGAACCAGGGUGUCUCGUCAACUUGGUGCAAAAAGGCAUUUUGUUCUCGCUAGCUGAAGAAGAAGCCGAAAGAGACAAAGAUGAUACCGAUGGGUCAAAACUAUCGUUAUUUGGCGCCUUGCUUUCUGACCAUCUCGAACUAGACACAAGUAGUGAAGAAAAGGAAGAAGUCAGCAAACGCUUUUUGCUGAAGGCAGAAGCCAAACUCAACGGCACUCAUGAAGAUGAAGACGUAGAAAUGAAAGACGAGACAUCGAAUGACAACCAAAGUGACAAUUCUCAAAUGAUUCCUAAGAGCUUCACUACCCAGUCGUUGCAGCCUAUAAUCACUUAUGGCCAGAGUCUAACGUCCGAAUGGCAUCCAAGUACGUCAGUGUUUGCCUACGGGAAGAGCAACUCUAGUGCCGUCAUCAAUGCUAUCAAAGACGGCGCCAUUGCUGAAUCAGUGACGUUGGUGCAUCCCAAUAUUCUGAACUUGAAAAACGAAAUCAACAUUGUUUCUUGGGCUCCACAAGGAAACUUGAUAAUCACAGCCGGGAUAAACGGAGAACUACGUGCAUGGUCUCCGGACGGAAAGUUGCGCAACAUUGCAAACUUGCUCUCGGACGAUAUACCCGUAUCCGCGUCUGAUGUUGAACCAAUAGAAAGGACGUCUUCAGUGAUAACGAAUGUGCUCUGGAACGAGAAUGGCCAACUUCUUCUUUCUUUGGACAGUAACAACCAGGUCAGUCUCUGGGACGGAAACACGCUUUCCUUGAUUAAACAAAUCAAUCCACCUGUAGCUCCAGCAGAUAACAUAUCCGUAAUUACGGCAUGCUGGCUCAAUGAAGAUAAAUUUGCACUUUCGACAGUGAAAAACUCGAUAAAGAUAUACUCAAUUACACCACAACAGUUUGGCAGCUUGAACCAGCUCGAUGUCCAAACUAUAGGAUUUCUCCAUGGCCAUGAAAACAGCAUCUCCUUGCUUAAACUUAAUAACAAAUCGAAGUUGCUAGCUUCUUGUUCUGACUACGACUACCUCAUAAAAGUGUGGAUCCGAGGAUCUUCCCAGGAGAGUUUGGAUUUGAAUACCACGAAAGACGAAACCUCAAAACUCCACACAUCGCCUAUUGUAGCCUUGGAAUGGCUCGAGGGGUUUGAUGAUGUCAGUACCUUGCUCAGUGUUUCAAUGGAAGGUAUACUUAACAUUUGGAAUUGCUCUACCGGAGAAACCAUCAAGAGUUCAGAUCUCUUUAGCUACAAGGACAACUUUAAACUCGAUAGCGACGAUGAUUUCCACCAUUCACACGACUUGUUGGUGUUUGAUGCUUCUUUAUCGCCCAACCAAGAAUAUUUAGCCUUAGCUGAUGAUUUGGGACGAGUCACUGUCUGGGACGUUUCCUUGAGUCGCUACUCCAAGAACGAUCCUCGUGACUUUGUCAGAUGUCUAGCAGUGUAUAACUUCCAGAUUCCAGAUCAUGUCGACAAUGACGACACCAAGGUAGGUAUUUGUGACGUCAAGUGGGAUAACGAGUCGUCCAACAUCUCUGUUUCCUACAGUGGAGCUGAUAGCGUGGUGCUAAAAUGGAAAUAGUGGGACUAGAGGCUGUAGAGCGUUAAAUUAUAUAUUCUACAAGUGUAUU